AUACCGCAACAGAGAGAUACUUCCGGUACACACAGCCCUUUACCAGAAUACACUCGUACAGCCUUAUAUACAAUAUAUACAUAUAUACUCACCACACACACACACACACACACGCUGGCACGCGCUGCGGUGAUCAUCACUUACUAACUGAGAUUAAUGAUGGGUCCGGUCCAGAUCCCCCACCGAACACUCUGACACCAGAACCAGCGGAACCAGCGGAACCAGCAGGACCACCCGACCCGGGAUCAGAACCAGCACAGAGCCGCCCAGCCGAGCCCUGAACCCGGUUGAAGAUGCCCAUCGACAGGCAGCGGAUGAGGCCAUGGCUGGAGGAGCAGAUCAAAAGUGGGAAGAUCCAGGGCCUGCAGUGGGUUAAUAAGGAGGCGAAGAUAUUCCAGAUUCCGUGGAUGCACGCUGCGCGACACGGCUGGCAUCUGGAUAAAGAUGCUCCACUCUUUAUGAACUGGGCCAUUCACACAGGAAAAUACCAUCCUGGAGUGGACAAGCCCGACCCCAAGACAUGGAAGGCCAACUUUCGCUGUGCCUUGAACUCCCUGCCCGAUAUUGACGAAGUAAAAGAUAAGAGCUACAAAAGAGGAAACAAUGCCUUUAGAAUGUACCGCAUCCUCUCUCCUGCCGAAAAAGCUGCUAAAAAAGUGAAGAAAAAGUUGGAAGGGGAGCAGAUCGUACGGAAACGGAGGAUUAAAAACGCUGAUUUGGAGUUCGGUCCAGCACUGCCGGACAGCACCGUCUUACUCAACACAGAAAAGAAUCGGUCCCGUAUGUCUCGGCUGAUGGGCAGUGAUCCGCUGGACAUUUGUGCAGUUGUUGAGAUCACCACGGAGAACGAGGAGUCAGCAGUGAGCUCCACCCAGCACUGCUUCCCCCUACAGAUCUCCCCCGGCUCCUCAAUGAAAGCGGACAGCGGGGAUGAAGACGCACAAAGUGAGGAAGAGUUCAUGGAGCCAGAAGAUUUGUCCAACAAAUCCUCUCGGAGUUCGAACUCGUCUGUUUUGAGGAUUCCCUCCAGCCAGCAGCACAGAACUCACUCUUUUAUCACGUCCGGAAAGACGAACUUCUGGGUGACGAGCUGCAGGGAGGAGACGCCCCUCAUCGCUUACGACGAGCCGCCGUGGCGUCCGUUCCUCCACUCUUUCCCCUUUCAGCCGGUCCCGUCUCCAGACUUACCCAGCAGCAGCAGCAGCAGCAGCAGCACGGCGUCCCGGUCCAGCGUGAUCAUGCAGGCCAUGGACCUGUCCUCCACCGCGGGGAAGACCCAGUAAUACAGAGCUGCUGACCUCCUGCUGAGCAUUACCGAGCUGGAGGAGCAGAAAUAUAUACGUGUCAUAUCUACAGCUGAGCUCUUCGGAUGCUCAGUCCAGCAUUAUGUGGAACGCCGUUCCAGUUGAAUGUAAGAAAUGGUGUUGAAGGCCAUGCAGAGUUGAUACUUGAUUAUAAUUUAUACAGAACAUAAGCAAGCUGAUAAUAACGUUAGAGGCAUUUCAUCAUUUACUUUUUUAAUAUGUCAGAGAUCACUUAACUGUAUGCUGUAGCUCGUGAUUUACUUUCACGCACUAAACCUCUGAGGAUGUAGUCGGUGUCAUGCUCAAAUAAGCCCCAAAAUUCCCCAAAUGUCCUGCAGCACAGAAAUUAAAUUGGGCACCUAUAGUGUGUUUGAUUGAUAGGUAUAUCAUGCACAAUGUGCACAUUGCAAUAGCAAUGCUUAAACGAUAAUAUUGUGCAGCCUUCAAUCCUUCACUCAAGCCCUAUGAGUGCCCUAUGAAAAAUUGACCUUGCAUGUUUAGGUUUGAGCAAAAAAAAAAAAAAAAAAAAAUCUAUAAUUUUUAAUCUGCACAUCCGUAACAAAACUCAAUAUAUGCAUAUUUCUUGUCACACCUUUCUGAACAGUUAAGCUGAAACCAAGGUGAGAACAUAUAAUAGUGAUACCAUAUAAUACUAAAAAUACCUAUUCGGCAACAGUUCCGACCCUGCAAUGUGUUUGGCUGAGAGGCGUUCUAUGAGUGCCGUUAUCAGCCGGUAAUGCACUGUAAUCGGAGCUCUCAAUGUAUUACUCCACCACAUACAGGUAACCUAGCAACAAUGCAGCGCUUACAAGCCAAACAGCGCAGCUACAGAACUAUUUUAACUGGUGGAGUUUUCAUAACCAAACAGAUCCUAUUUACUCCUCCUCUUUAACUCUUUAAAAUCUUUCAAUAAACAGUGAUAAUAGAACUGUGGUAUAAUCACAAUAAUACUCUCGAGGUUCAUGCUAUAACGUAUAAUAUUGGCACUGCUGUGUUGUGGUCAUAGAUCAGUACAGCAGUGCCAAUAUUACAGGGUAUAGCACAAACCUCGAGUGCAUUACUGCUUAAAUAUUCUAAUGUUAUAAUAAUGGAUUCUCUCAUUAUAUCACUAAAAAAACAGUUGUAAAAUGUAUGUUUCAAACUAUUUUUAAUGCUUUAUCCAGAAUUUCCCCCAUAAAGAAAUCAGCUCAGACCUAAACUUCCUUAUAUGGGCAUGACACUGACUACAGCCUGGUGCGCCUCAGAGCUCCGUUAUAUUUAAACCAUUUCUUUACGAACAAACAUAAAAACAGUGUAGCACAAAAAGUAAGGAAAUUUGGGUUUUUGGUAGAUUGUUUUUGUUAUAAUAGUUGUUCUUUGUAAAUAAUCUUAUAAGUUUGGAAACUCUUGUUAAUUUCUGUUUUAAAUGGAGAACAUUUGUGAGGAACAUGCAUUUGUGGGAUGAACAGCAGAGCUGAGUAUAUGGGGUUGCCAGAUCCUCAAAUCUUCUACUGCCAAUCCCAAAUAGUUUCUUCUGCCAUUGACUCAUUUGGUGUUUGAUUAUCUUUUCGUGACGCCCACUCCAUCCCUCGUUAUAUGGAACUUGACCUUCAGAUUAGAGAUUUUGAUACCAGGGCUCACUCCAAAUAAAGAUUUUUUUGGUUUUGCGGAACACUAACUUGAAGUUGCCCUAUCGCACGGGCUCUAUGCGAUAAAAAAACAAAAAAACGUGACAAGAUGCUGAUUCCUGAAGCAGGUUCACUGGUGUAAAUUUAAAAAAGUAAUCAUCAGCACCCAUACUGUUGUGUAACGCGCCUGACAACCAAGGGGAGUCAGAUUUCAGCACAACACUUCUUUUUCUCUUUCUAUUGUUUAAUGGGUGAUGAUAGCCUGAUUUUAUGUGCUGUAAUUGGUCUGAAUAAACUCAGAACCAUCCAAAAAUGACAAACCAGACCAUAGUUUAGCUGAUCCAGACCGAGACCACCUCUUUUGCUAAUAACAAAAUUUGGUCCUUUGAUCCAGGCUGUUGUUACGGCACCUUUUAACACAUGCAAUUUUGGUUUUAAAAUCCAAAUCGAGUCUCUUUUCUGAUCAGAAAAAUGUGGCAUGAUGCCGAUUCUUGAAGUCGAACCUACUAAACACUGUAGCAGGUGAUUGGCAUAAUGUUCACAGGUGUAAAAUAAAAAAAAAGUAAUCACCAGCACCGUAAAAUGUACCCAUAUUGCUGUGUGACGCGCCUGACAACCAAGGGGAGUCAGAUUUCAGCACAACACCUCUUCUUUUUCUUCUUCUGUUGUUUAACAGGUGAUGAUAGCCUGAUUUUAUGUGCUGUAAUUGGUCUGAUUAAAAUCAGAACCGUCCAAAAUUGACAAACCAGACCAUAGUUCUGCUGAUCCAGACCAAGACCACCUCUUUUAGUUAUCAAGAUAUAUCAAGAUUUGGUCCUUUGAUCAGAAAAAUGUGGCAGGGUGCCGAUUCCUGGAUUAGAACCUACUAAACACUGUAGCAGGUGAUUGGCAUCAUGUUCACAGGUGAUUUUCAGCACCUGGAGGAACCAGAACCUCAAAACUAGAGUCAAUAGAAACAGCAGAAUAAGCAAAUUUAGAUUUGAGGAUUCGGCUAAAUUAUUAUGGCCGCAACUAGGGGUGUAAGAUAUGGCCCUAAAAUAAUAUCACGAUAUUUCAUGAAAUUUUCACGAUGGCAAUACUCUUGGCGAUAUGACAAAACACUGAAUUAAAAAAAAUAUUUAGAGAAUAAACUACUGCAACAAAAUGAAAUUUUUGAUAAAUUAUAUUAUUACAUAUAUGAUAUGAUAUGACACACCCCUAAUACAGAUAAAAAAAAAAGAAUUUUAUCAGAUUUGUAACAUAAUAAUCAAUAACUCAGAAUGACAUGAUACUAAUAAUAAAUAAUGAACUCCAAAUAUCUCCAUAUAUCCAGAAUUAAAGUAAAUUAAAUGAUACUGGACAGAUAUAAUCUGUCUCUAGUAGAUAUAUAAUGGGAAAUGAGAACAGUGUGAAUUUUGCUGAAAACAGUAAAAAAAAAAAAAAAAAAAGUAGUAUGUAUUAUAUAUGAUAAUUAGAUGUUGGUGAUAUGGCACCAUAUUUCAGGAUAUAAUAUUGUUCACUAUACUCAGAAAUGUUGAUAUGUGUUGAUAUAAUGCUGCUCAUCCUACAAAUGCAUUUUCCUCACAAAUGUGUUUCCAUUUAAAAGAGGAAUUAACAGGUUUUGCUAUCCGAUUUAUUACCAAGAAAAAUUGUUACAAUACAUAAAUAAUCUAUCAAAAACACAGAUUUUCUACUUUUUGUGCUUGUUUAUAAACAUAUAUGAAGACACAGUGUUUCACUUUUUACUUUUUCACUUUGUAUGGCCUAAAAAAAGCAAAUACCUCAUUAUUGCAGAAGAUUUCUAAAACGUGUAAAAAAAAUUAAUUACCUCAUAGACUGACUGAUGCUGGUCAGUGCACUUCACUGUAGCAUUAAUCACCACAACGGUACAGCCCACCAACCCCCGACUCACCAAUCCCACCAACCCCCACCCCCCCCAAUCCCCAUAACCGCUGGGCUGCCUGAGACUGGACUGAUGUUUGUUCUUCAGACAAAACCCACACACACUGGUGUUUACCGCAGUCAUGUGUUGUAUAGUGUGUGUGUGUUUGUCUUUGUGUGUGUGUGUGUGUGUGUGUGUGUGUGUGUGUGUGUGUGUGUGUGUGUUCAGAUAAUACUAUUACCCACAGAGCCGCCUGUGACAUCCCAGCACCCAGCAUAACCGUCACUCCUAACGAUAAUGUUAAUGAUAAGCUCAGUGCUGGAUAGUGUCCUGCGAGAUAACACAGCCUGAACCUUCUGAGCUCAGCUUUGCUUUAUAUAAACAGGAAGUUGUUUAAUUUUUUUUACUAAUCACUACUGAUUUACUGAUCACUAAUAGAUCAGUGUCUUGAUGAAGUUUAUGGGAGGUCUAUUGUUUAUUCUCUAAUAUUUUGUUCUUAUUUUUUUCUUACAGUUCUGGAAAAAAAUGAGAGCACUUAUAAAUGAUGAGUUUCUUUGAUUUUACUGAAUUGAAAACCUCUGGAAUAUAAUCAAGAGGAAGAUGGAUGAUCACAAACCAUCAAACCACCAAACUGAACUGCUUGAAUUUUGCACCAGGCGUAAAGCAGCAUAAAGUUAUCCAAAAGCAGUGUGUAAGACUGGUGGAGGAGAACAUGAUGCCAAGAUGCAUGAAAACUAAUCAAAUUUGAAUAAUUUAUAAAUGAACUGUUGUUUUCUUUGCAUUAUUUGAGGUCUGAAAGUUCUGCAUCUUUUUUUGUUAUUUCAGUCAUUUCUCAUUUUCUGUAAAUAAAUGCUCUAAAUGAGAAUAUUUUUAUUUGGAAUUUGGGAGAAAUGUUGUCUGUAGUUUAUAGAAUAAAACAACAAUGUUCAUUUUACUCAAACAUAAACCUAUAAAUAGCAAAAUCAGAGAAACUGAUCCAGAAACUGAAGUGAUCUCUUAUUUUUCCAGAGCUGUAUGUGCAACGUUUUUGAUUUCUUACAGGGAGAGAAUUAAAGUGUCAUUAUCAUGAAAAAGAUUUGAUUUAUUAUGUGAUUUAUUUACAGCAGUUCUUAACAGUCUAAAUUAGGGAUAGGACAAAAUAUAGUACCAGCCAAAUGUUCUAUUUUUUUUCACUAUUUAAACCAUGUUUGUAUUGUAGAUUAAUACUAACGUCAUUCAAACUAUGAAGGAAAACAUACGGAAUUUAAGUAAAUAAAAAGAUUUGUUAAACAAACCAGAAUAUGUUUUAUAUCUAACAUCUUCAAAGUAGCUCAUAGCUUAUGAGGUAGAGUCACGUGGAAUCCAGUUAGCUUUCAGUUAACAGCUGUGCUGAACUCAUCAAGAGUUAAUUACUUGAAUUUCUUGUCUCUUAAUGUAAAGUUUGAGAGCAUCAGUUAAAGUAAAGUAGUGAAGAGGUAGAGUUACAGGUAUACAGUGAAUAGUGAGUAUUUGAGUAAUGUUCGAAUCCAGGUUAUGAGAAGCAAGAACUGCUCAACUAAGUAAAGAAAUAAAGAACUAUAAAAGUAUCCUCAAGUGCAGUCACUGCAAAGACCAUCAAAAACAUUACAAAUGAUGGAACUGGCACUCAUUAGGACCGCCCCAGGAAAAGAAGAGCAAGAGUUUCCUCUGUUGUACAGGAUACAUUAUUCACAGAGUAUUUUGGUUUGUUUAACACUUUUAGUUUUUAAGUUACUACAUGAUUCCUUAUGUGUUCCUUCAUAGUCUGGUUCACUAUUUACUAUUCAUUUACAAACAGCAGUUUAGCUCCGCCCAUUCACGCUAAUGUUAUAAAGAGUGUUUCAGCUUGGUGUGCCAAAAGUUAUGGAGCAGGAACUACAAUUAUCACGCCCCAUACAAGUUAAAGAACACUGCACUGACCUGUGGGAUCUUCGGCCAGAGUUGCUUCUCUGUUCAGACGGACAGUUUUAGCCAGAUGUCGCUGGUCACCAUCAUUACCUCCCACUGCACUGCACUGCCCACUGUGGGUGGUAAUAUUAUUAGCUUUCUAUGGUGUAGUACAGGUACACAAGUUACACUGUUACACCGUUUCAUCAUCCAUCUGCACCAGGAUUAGUUUCUCAGGGGGAUGUUUGUAAAAAAAAAAUAUUUCACACUUCUACUCAGUGAUGAAACUCCUGCAUCCGGACUGCAAUUGAAAAAACAGGAGGACCAGUGAGUUUUUUCUAGGCUUUCUCAGUCACAUGACAUCACAGCGUUCAGUAGCUCCUCCAUUUCCACUCGCUGUUGUGUUUUUUACAUGGAUCUCCGUGGAAACACGCACCCAAAUUGUCAUUACGGUGCACGGCCGUGGACAAAUAGCUAAGGAGAUGAAACUCAGAGAUCUGCGUCUGGACAGGACUAAAAUUACUAGAGGAGGACGAUUACAGUUCAGAGGAAAACAGAAGAUAAUUCAGCCAGUAAUUUUCUCAGAGGACGUCUGAGAAAAACAUGUACAUGAUCGUUCUGGACGGGAAUAAAAUCAAAGGAUAAAAACCCCAUAAAAGAGAAAAUUACCCCAGAACCCCCUGAGAAACUAAUCCCAUCCAGAUAGGGCUUUGGACCUCACUAUAACUCGUUUAUAAUACUAAUGGCCUUGCCAUGAGCAUGUUAGCCAGUGUCCAACCUCAAACACACUAGAUAUCGCCUCUCAACUAAUAAAGGUGUGGACCGGUGUUCCCAAGCCAUCCCCUUAGGCAUUUUGACAUUUCAUGGUUAAUUUACAUACUGCUGUCCCAUGACUUUUGGCAUGACCCUGCUAAGGCACAGUAACAUAAUUAAUUAACAUUUUUUUAUUUAUUUUUUUAUUUAUAAUGUUUAAUUCAAAGCAUAAUGAAAGUCAGAUGAAAUGAUUGGAUGAGUAAACCUAAUAGGAAAAAAAAACUACAUGGGGGGAAUAAUAAUAUAUUAAUAAGUGCUAAAUAACUGGUGUUAACGCCAAAUUAACUCUAAAUUAAAGGUUACAUUUUUUUAUGGUCCUUGCUUUAAGUCUAUGAUGCAGUUUUCAGGGCAGGGAGUGUGAACUGACUGCACUAGGGCUGAAUAUGUGAAUUUUUGGCAAGAAAGUUUGGAAAAAGAAAAGAUAAAAUGAUGAUAUUAAAUAUUUUACAGCUGGGAGAUUCAUCAAAAAAUACAAUAAAAACAAAGUGAGAGCUCAGAAGAUUCAGACUGGGUUGUAACAGGAUGUUGACUAGCUUUUACAGUGAUAAAUUGUAUUUUAAAGCUUUUUAGAGACUUACUGUAACUAUAUUAAAGUUAUAUGUUAUUUUACAGAGGGUAUAUAUUAGAUGGUUCAUUAAAUGUGUUGUUAGUAUGAGAAUUUUCAGUGGGAAUUUUGCAGUUUGGGAUUUUUUAAUGCAGUUUUAACUUAUGACAAGGCCUGGAAUUAGCUGGUUGAGUUUAAUCAUAUGACUGAAAGCUGUAAUAGUGGUCUGUGUCAUGUGACUGCUUCUGAAUCUGAAAUGAACGAAUGAAAUCCACAAAUGAGCUUCAGUGAAUCUGAAUUAUUUUACAUUUACAGUUCUGUGCAAAACUCUACAAAAGAGUCACCAAGUAAACUUCAAAUUAUGUAUCUCAGCAGUGAGAGUGUCUACCCUUAAUUAACUCUGUAUAACAUUAGAAUACUAAACCCAAACAAAUAUUAAUAAAGUCAGUGAUCACUGAGUGUGUUUACCUCUAAUUAACUCUAUAUAAGACUAAAAAGCAUUAUUUGGGUUUAUCUUAAUCUGAUCAGUUAGAGUAUCUAUCUGUAAUUAACUCUAUAUAACUUUAGAAUACUGAACCCAAAUAAAUAUUAAUAAAGUCAGUGAUCAGUGGAAGUGUCUAACUAUAAUCAACUCUACAUAACACUAGAAUAAACCCAAAUAAACAAAGUCAGUGAUCAGUGAGUGUCUACCUGUAAUUACCUCUAUGUAACAUUACAAUACUAAACCAAAAUAAACAUUAAUAAAGUCA